AUGGCAUCUCCAAACUCAUCUGCAAGAGUAGUUCAAAUUUGCAGGGUGGCUCCGUCACUUCCUGCUGCCUCAUCGGACUCACCCUCACCAGAUCUCUCCCUUCCCUUGACCUUCUUCGACAUAUGUUGGUUGAGGUUUGCACCAGUGCAGCCCCUUUACUUCUAUGAGAUAUCAUCUUCUUCCUCCAACGUUUCGACCUUCUCAUUUGAUUCCAUACUUGAAAAGCUCAAAACCUCACUCUCUCUUACCCUCCAACAUUUCCUACCUCUCGCAGGAAACCUCACUUGGCCUCAAGACUCCAUCAAACCCAUUCUCACUUACGUCCAAGGCGACACCCUUUCGCUUACAAUAGCCGAGUCCAAUGCUGAUUUUGAUCGCUUUUCAAGCAAUUACGACUUGCUUGUACCCCAAGAAUACCAUCCUCUUGUCCCACAACUGGAGAAUUCUCAUGAACGAGCCGCAGUGAUGGCACUGCAGAUCACUCUCUUCCCAAACCGAGGCUUUUCCAUUGGAGCAGCAAUACACCACGCAGUUCUUGAUGGCUUAACUUCAAUCUCGUUUUUCAAAUCAUGGGCGCACCUAUGCAAACAUCAAGGGCUAAAUUCAUCUUCAUUACCAGAUCACCUCAAACCCUUCUACGACAGAACGGUGGUUCAAGACCAGGCAGGGCUUGGAACACUCUUUUCGAACCAAUACCAAGACAUUGACGGUCCCAACAACAGAAGCCUAAAGUUCUGGGAGUUUCACGCUCCACUAGAGAUUCGAGGCACCUUCAAACUCACUCGUGCAUCCAUACAGAAACUUAGAGGGCAUGUACUAAGUACUGUAAGUUCCGAUGCAAAUCUCCAUUUGACAACGUUUUCUUUAGCUUGUGCCUACAUGUGGGUUUGUUUAGUCAAGGCUGAGGAAACAAACGAAGAUGAAACACAACUCAUUUUGGUUGCGGAUUGUAGAUCUCGGCUAGACCCUCCUAUACCUGCAACAUAUUUUGGGAACUGCAUCACGCCGUGUUUGGCAGUCGCAGAAAGAAAAGGGAUGUUGGGAGGAGAAGGGGUGGUUGUGGCAUUAACUGCAAUCACUGAAGGUAUGAACCGUUUGGGAAAAGGGGCUCUGAAUGGAGCAGAGAAUUGGGUUUCAGGAAUGAGUAGGGGGCGUAGUGGUAGAGUGCUUACCAUGGCUGGCUCACCUCGGUUUGGUGUGUAUGAAACUGAUUUUGGAUUCGGAAGACCAAACAACGUUGACCUUGUUUCCAUUGAUAGAACAGGGGCCGUAUAUAUUUCAGACGCCAAAAUUGGUGGUGGAGGCGUUGAUGUUGCGUUGGUGUUGAAGAAACAUUGCAUGGAUGCUUUUGCUUCUCUAUUUGCCGAAGGUCUCAAGGGAAAUUGA